CCAUUUCUUUGGUAAUUUUGUUGAUCAGCAACUAAUAAUUAAAUUGUUGAUUUGGUUAAAUAGAGACCAAUACAUCCAAAUAAUGUAAUCAUGGUGUUUUAGCUAAUCCCAAACAUUUAUUAAAAACGCUCCCUGGCCGCCCCCUAUAAUCUAUAUAUAAACUGCUCCUUCUUUACCUCCAAGUAAAAAAAGAAGUCACCUUCUCCUUCAUUCAUCAUACUCGUUAAAAUUUGACUCAGCUCAGCUUUCCAAUAUUCAUCUUUCUUCUCCUUUAGUCCUUUUCUUCUCUCCAUCAAUCAUGGCCAAAAGCUUCAAGCUUCGGGUGACCAGAUUAAUCCACUCAGCCUUCCAAUCUUGUCGUUCCAAAGAUCCUUCCACCCUUCCGCAUGAUCCUCUCCCUUAUUCCUCCUCCUACAUCUAUUUCUCCUCAUCAGUCAACCCUAAAUACGUCGCCGUUGACCAUUUCCCAACCACCAAUAACAACAAGGCCUCCCCUCCUGAAUCCCGGCCCUCCGACAUCAAACCGCCGCCGGAGGAGAUCUCUAACUGCUUCUCCGAAGAUUCAUCUGACGGCAGAGAGUUCAAGUGGAAAGAAGAAGAUAAAUGGCAUGUUGUGGCUAAAGUGUUUGAAGAAAGCCAGAAGCCCCGCAGGAAGAUAUACAACUCUUCCGCUUCCGGUGACUCCGGCGAGGACGAGAUUUCGCCUUUGCCACGGCUGUCUCUGACGGUGGCGGCGGCGGAGAGAAGAAGCCGACGAGGGAAGUCUAAGAAAGUGAAAAUCCCGGCGAGGCCGCACCACCACCGUACGAGCACUUCCUCCGCCGAGAGCGGGCUUUUCAGCAACGACGAAGAAGAGAACUUGGAGUCGGAAACCCUCGUUUCGACUUCCAGAAGCUUCUCGACGGAUUCCUCGUCGGAGUACAUCCCUCAGUUGGAAACCAUCCGUGAGAAACCACUCACGAGUCGACGGCGAGGGAAGAAAAGAGCGAAACGGAAGCAACCGCAGAAGAGGGCUGCGCCGGCGACGAUUUACAGGCCGUCGUCGGUGUCGGAGAGUGAGUCUCCGGCGAGGCUGUCGGUGUUCCAGAAACUGAUACCGUGUAGUGUGGACGGGAAAGUGAAGGAAAGCUUUGCGGUGAUAAAGAAAAGUGAAGACCCUUAUGAAGACUUUAAGAGGUCAAUGAUGGAAAUGAUUUUGGAGAAGCAAAUGUUUGAAGAGAGUGAUUUGGAGCAGCUUCUUCAGUGUUUCUUGUCUUUGAAUUCCAGGGAUCAUCACCGACUCAUUGUUCAAGCUUUUGUUGAGAUUUGGGAAGCCAUGUUUUGUGCCAGUGAUCGUCAUUCUUCUUCUAAUAAUCAUACUGAUUCUUCCACCAAAACUUCCGGCGUUUAGUAAUGACUGUUUUUAACUACUAGGAGUAAUCUACCUCUAAUGUGUAAGAUAAGUUUAGAUUACUAUUUUGUACUACUACUACUAUUAUAAUUGACCAUAUAUCUAAGUCAAAAUAGUGGUAUGAAAUUUACGUUUUGCUUCAGUGAUGAUUGACUGAUGAGGCUUUCUUUGGUUUUUUCAUUUCAUGCAUAAUCCAUGCACAGGUGAAAAAUGAAAAAAGUACAACUGAUCUGAAACAGAACCGAGGUACAUAGUACGAAUUAUGUGGACGGCCACGCCAAGGCCAACAAGUAUACUCGUAAUUACAGAGUGUGUGGAAACAGUUAUUUCGAAUUCC